AUGAGCCGCAUACACACUGACAAUAUCGACGAAGUGUCUUCAGGUGAAGAGGACACUGUCACUGUGGAUAUCGACGUGACUGUCCUUGCGCCUGGAAACGAGGGGCUCCAAAAUAUCCUGCGCCAGCUCGUAGCAUAUUUCCAAAGGACCAAGACCGCUUUGACUUAUGACGAAGUCGCGGUAUGCUUCACUGACACGUCAUCCAAUACCCGCGUGUCUUGGAGAGCGAUUUCUGUCGCCUUUAUGCCGCUUCCGGAUGUAUUUCCAGAGACUACUGCAUCAGGAAUUGCGGUAGAUCCAAAGACGCUGGACCGUGUCGUACCAGCAACUCGACGAGCAGACGGAAGUCUGCGAAAAGAAAUCAAGAUUAGACCGGGCUUUACGCCGCAGGAGGACCAGAGUCGAUUCCGAGGGAGUCGACAACAGCAAGCAGAGAAGAAUGCACUACCCAAGGGCCAUAUUCUGGGGUGGGUGGCCCCAUCGUCUGAAGCCCGCAAUCGAGGAGGGCGCCCUGCCGCCGCUUCAUCUGGAGGCCGAAGUCUCGAGGCACUUGCAUCUGGAAACGCCCGCCUUGAUGGCGCUUCGACGAGUUCGGGCAAAGAUACAUCUGCGAUGUCAAAGAGCGCCAAGAAGAAUGCAAGGAGAGCAGAGAAGAAGAAAGAGGAUAAACAAAAGGAACUAGAAGCGAAGAUUCGAGAGGCAUGGGAUGAAGAUUCGGACGAUGAUGUGCCAAAGGCUGCGACAAAGCCAAAGGCAUCACAGGAACAGGCUGCAGGUGACGAUGCGGGUGCAUCACUCGCAGAGGAGAUUGAAGGGCUCAAGGUUUGA